AUGAGCGCAUACGCCAAAGAGCUCCAAUUGGCCAGCCUUGCCGUCCAAAGAGCAGCCCUCCUGACCGAAAAGCUCCUCUCAGCCGUGGACAAAGGCGCCCUAGACAAGAGCGAUGACUCCCCAGUGACAAUUGCCGAUUUCGCCGCCCAAGCCUCCAUAAUCGCAGCCAUCCACCAUGUCUUCCCAGACGAUGACAUAGUCGGCGAAGAAGACGCCACCGCCCUCCGCGCAGACCCAGUCCUCCUAGAGCGAACCUGGGACCUAGCGACAUCAGUGCACCUAGACGAUCCCGCCAGCGAGGCCCAGCUGCACACCCCCGCGACCCGCGACGAGCUCCUGGAUCUCAUUGAUCUAGGCGCAAAGGGCGCUUGCACACCCACUUCCCGGACCUGGACUCUUGACCCGGUGGACGGCACGGCGACUUUCAUUCGGGGCGAGCAGUAUGUUGUUUGUUUGUCGUUGGUUGAAAAUGGGGUGCAGAAAGUGGGGGUCCUGGGGUGUCCGAAUUUGAGGGCUUCGGGCCGUGUGGCGGAGGAAUUGGUGGAUCGGGAUGGUCAUGGGCAGAUGCUUGCUGCUGUUUUGGGACAGGGUGUUUCGAUUCGGCCUUUGGGGACGGGUGCUUUGCUUCCUGCUCGGGUUGUUGAGAAGGUUCCUCAGAUUACGGAUUCGGCGCGGGUGAGCUUUAUUGAUACGCGGGCUGCGAAGACGCAGGAUUUGGAGGCGCAUGGUCGGGUUGCGGCUGCGUUGGGUUGUCCUUGGCCGAAUCCGGUGGAUUUGUGGUCGGCGCAGAUGCGUUAUGUGGCCAUUGCGGUGCAGGGUGGUUGUAAUGCUUUUAUUAAAAUGCCUUUGUCGGAGGGGUAUCGGUCGAAGAUUUGGGAUCAUGCUGGUGGCAUGUUGAUUGUGCAGGAGUUGGGUGUUGUUGUCACUGAUCUCGAGGGGAGACCGGUGGAUUGUUCGCAGGGACGCACAUUGGCGACUUGUCAUGGAAUGGUUGUUGGUCCGGCCUCGGUGCAUGGGAGGAUACUGGAGGCUGUGAGGGAAACUCGCGGGUUGUAG